AUGGCCCAUUACGAGCUAUAUCGUCGUUUUGCAAAUUGCAAGUGGAAGCAAAGCGAAAGUCGAUUAAGAGACGGUGACGAUUACAGAGUCGUAUUGGAGCCGGAGGCGUUCUCAUCAGUUAACUGUUUACUAACUGUUUCCACGACGGCGCGUGAGACAAUCCAAGAACACUCCCACCUUCCUCCAGUUAAACAUCGCCUCUAA